AGCUGGCCGUCAUCGCCCGAAGACGCACCGGCCCCCGAGGUGUAGCCUCUGCGCCGGCGGCCGCCUGCCAUAGCCUCUGCGCAGGCGUCCCGGGGUGGCCUAGCCAAUUCGGCAGCCUUCUCUUUUCUACCUUAUAUCGUAGUAUCCAUUGUAGCUGUUAGCGGCCCGUCUGAAGAGGCCGCUCGCUUCGCGUCGCUGCUGGUCUCCUGGUUUUUCUCUGGCACGAAGAGGAGCGUCUCCUCCCGGUGUGCAGCGCCAUCUGUCAGAUCUUUCAAGUUAGGACAUGUACAAAUUAACAAAAGGCAUCAAGAAGAAAGUUAAAGGCAAGAAAAAGCCUACCGAAGAAGAGCUUGAGCAAGAAGAGCUUCGGCAAUAUCGUCUUGAGAAGCAGCGGGAGCAGGAACUUCGCGAACAGGAACAGCGAGAGAAAGAAGAACAAGGUCAGGGUGACGAAGGAGCCGAGGAUCCGACAGCAGCGGGAGCUGCAGCGGCUCCUUCAGAGGAGUCGGGGAAGCCACAGCAGAAGCCGGCAGAGUCAGACGAGUGGGCCAAGUUCCGUGCGCUCACAUCCGGUGUCGACUCCGUUCUCAGCAGCACAAAAGAGAGUCUCCAGACUAUCAAGGAAACAAGCUACUUCAUCAAGAAGAAGCCAGCUUCUGAGCAAGAACCUGAGGUAGAAAAGAAGCCAGUUGCUCCUGAGGUCAGCAAGCCGAAGUGGGUCGACGUAGAUGUUGAGGAAGAGUCACCAGAGUCUGAGACAGAGCCUGAACCAGUAGAACAGCCUGUUGAAUCUCAGAAAACACCAUCUCCUGAGAAAAGGCGUGACCUUGAAGAGGUUUUAUCCGAGGUUGAGAAACUAGAACGUGCUCAGUAUUUCGAAGAGGACGUCUUUAACACCGAAUACGUUGACGCCGUCAAGGAUAUCAACCUUGCUGUUAUCCCUGAUAGUCCAACAGAGGACGGCGACGACCCAUUCGAUACAUCAGCGGUUGACGAGGUCCUCCGUGAAAAGCCAGAAGAAAUCAAGAAAAAGAAACUUAAGGCUUUCGCGUUAGGCAAAGCAGUUGAAGUCCUUAGCGGUGCCCAGAAAGAUAGCGAGAAGUCCGCCGAGCAGGUAGAAGCUCCAGCUACAGCUGCUCCUAAGAAAUCACGCCGUCGGGAGCGAGGUGUUUACAGACGAAAGGGCUCCUUGGACCUACUUGAAACAUCAGAAGCGGCUCUACCCUCGGAGGACAUCAGAGUUACAAAAAGUGCAACUGUUUCUCCGACAGAGGAGGCACCGACAAAGAAAACACUUCUUGAUGAGGACAUUGAAGAUGGCGGCGAUUUCGAGUUAAAUCUUGCCGUAACACCUGACUUCCACAAACCCCAGCCAGUACCCGAUACCGUAAAGAGCAAGGACAAUAGUCCCACUGAACCCCACAACCAGAUUAUCAGUGAUAUUGUCAGCGAGUUCGAUACCAAGGCUGAGCCUUCUCAGGCUGGGAGUAACGAGCAGAUUCUUACAGCCAAACCACCUGAUGAAAACGACCUAGAGUUUGAUUCUCUUGCAACCGAAUCACUUCUUCGAGCCAAGGAUCGCGAGGAAAUCAUCGGUGACGACGACCCAUUCGAUACAUCUGCAGUCACACAAGUCCUGGGUGAAGACAAGACUGCUGACACAGUUGACUUUGACGAAGAGGAAGUCAAGUUUGAGGCCGAUUUUGGAGAAGCAAAGCCGAGACCAUCUCGUCCUCCACCGCCUGUGAUUAUCACUUCUCCAGAAAAAGAGACACCAGACUUUUUGACAUCUAACGAACAUCACGACUACGAACCUCUCCCCGAACCAAUCAAGUUUUCAAACGAACAGGAAAAGAAGCCUGAUAACAAUCAAACCAGCCAGGAAGAAGAAGAGGAAGUUGAUCCCUUUGAUACCACCGCUGCAGACAAGCUUGUCGGAACCGAAAUCAAGCUUCUCGAGCAGGAGCUUUUCGACUCUUCCGACGCACCAGGAUCUGAGCAGACAUCGGUCCCCGUUGCAAACGAGGACGACUUUGACUUUGACCCUCGUGCAGGAGAAGAGAAACCGGAACCAGAUCCGUUCGAUACAUCAUUUGCUGGAGGGUUUGUCUCGAAACCUGUUGACGCAGCAGAGCUUUUAGCCUCGACGCCAACGCAAGACUCUACGCCCGUUGUUUUACCAACGGAGCAGGUAACAGGCUCAACCUCACAGGCAGAGGUCGAUCCAUUUGACACAUCUAUCGCGGACACUUUCGGCAACGUCGAGCUGCAAGUACUAGAGACCGAACUUCUGACAACACCUGAGCCAGCUGCAGUAACAGAUCUAGCAACAAAACUAGAUCUCUCUGCAACCAGUGCACCGCCACGACCUCCUCCACCUGCUCCUAAGAGUGAUUCUACCUUUCCGGUAGCAUUUGACGUGACACCUGAGCCAAAGCCUGCACCUCUUCCAGAGCUCCUUACCCUAACUCCUGAAGAGGAGCACACGGCACCUGUUGAGCUAGUUCCACAGCGCCCGGAGGACCCGCCUGAAGAGAUAGAUCCGUUCGACACAUCCAUCGCCGACAAAUUCGGCACUGUUGAGGUAGGAGUUCUUGAGCAGGAGUUGCUUGGAGCGUCCCCCGCUCCGGCACCAAAACAACUCACCGAACUUCUUCCCAACUUAGCCGAAGAGAUUUCAGCAGUAAAGUCCGGUACGAACAGUGUACAAGAAGAAGCAGGCGCAGAAGAAGAAGAAAGAGACGUUUUCGAUACGUCUUACGUCGACCCUGCUAGUAUCGUACAUCCGUCUGAGGUUGACGGCGCUCGUUUUACGAAACCAAGCUCCCUGAGUGUAUCUGAGAGCUCGGCAGCACUGCUAGCGUCCACUCCCGAAGAUCCCAAUCCACUGCUCCAGCCCGUCUCUGCUACCGGGACCCAGUCAGAAACAGAGGAAAUCGACCCAUUCGACACAUCCGCCGCAGAACAGUUCGGACACACCGAGCUACGUGUUCUCGAAAGCGAGCUUCUUGGUGAAGUACGCUGCUCACAACAACCACCGACAAGACCCGCACCCCCGCGACCAGCCCCUCCCCGGCCAACUCCGCCCGCUAAGCUGCCCGCCUCCCUGUUGGCACCUUCUGCAGACGAGCUUCUUGCGGUAACUCCAACCUCAGAGCAGGCACCAACACUCCAGCCAAGCGCAGAUCUUCCACCACCGCGACCACUUUCCCCGGUUGCGCUCGAUCCGUUUGACACGUCGAUUGCCGACAAGUACGGUGCCACCGAGCUCCGCGUCCUCGAGCAAGAGUUCGCCGGAAACGAAGCGGCAUCGCCGGCGCUGAAACGUUCUGUGAGCGACCCUGAUUUUGAUCCGCGCGGAGAAGAGAAGGUAGCCAGGCCGGCCACCCCGAAGGCCGCUGCUGGUGCGGUUGGCUGUCUCCUGGACGCUGAUACCGGAGCUCCUGGCGCAGGACAAACACUGACGGCAACUGUUGUGUCAGCUCCGACUGUUGAAGAACCCGAGGAAGUCGAUCCGUUUGAUACAAGCAUCGCUGACAGUCUGGUACCUGGUAAAGGAGAGAUUCUGGCGCUUGAGCGCGAACUGCUGCACUCAGUGUUUCUAGUAAAACUAUCAACCAUGGCUUCUGGUAAUCCCUUCUUAGAGAUGGGCGGCUUUGGAGGGUUCGAAUCCUCUCAGCGAGAUGACUCUGCUGCACUCAGCAACCCUUUCAUGGACGACGCUCCAGGCCCAGCUGCAGCCCUGGACAACAACCCCUUCGGCGCCUUCCUGGCUUCCUCGGAGCCCGCGCCUGCUCCUGUCGCCGACGCGGCUCUCAGCAAUCCCUUUGCCGACUCUGUACCGCCACCCAGGCCUCAGCCGCCGGUGUCACGCCCACCACCCCCUAAAGUCAGCGUAGCAGCGACGGCGCCGCCCCCUGUGCCGCCUCCACCUCACACUGACCUUCUGGACGGGCCGGCGGCCCCUCCGCCGCGACCUCCUGUGCCCGAGGCGACCCGCAACCUGCUGGCCUCCGUGACCGGUCACCUGGAGGCGGCCAGCGACUCGCUGUUCGGUCAGCUGAGUAACGUGAAGACGCCGCGCCAGAGUCCGACCCACAUGCUGUCCCGCUCGCCGUCUCCACCCCUGGAUGGUCUGGAUGAACAUGUGGAACAUCAUGAUGUCGCCUUCAGCGCUGCGUUCGGCCAGACCGUCGAGGAACUAAGCGACCAUGAGGACGCUCCAGACCACGCCCAUGCGCCCACGGACUCUGCCGCCCACGAGAUCGACCUCUGGGACUCGGCACCCGCAGCACCGGUCACCAAAACCAAGGAUCAGAUCUUGAGUCUGUUCAACGCACCGGCGACCAGAAAACCAGAACAGGAGGUAGACCUGCUAAGUAGUUCGUUCCACGACGAAGCCGCGCACCCAACUGGAGAUCUUCUGGCUGACGGGCCACCGAUGCCACCAGCGAAGGACGGAGCGGACAUGUUGGAGCAGCCUGUGUUGACGGCAGCGCCUGCUUCCGUCCCGGCUGUACCCGAGCCAACGAUUUGGGAUACACCGGAACCUCCGAAGGUAGCGACAGAAGAGGGAGAUAAGGAUGGCACGACGCAAGCUGCGCCUGAGGAGGUGAAGGAGACGGAGGAUGAGGCUGCCGACAGUGCUGAGGGUUUGCAGCCGCCGGCUCCGCCGCCCCAUCAGUCAUCACCGUCAGAGGAGGUGCCGCUGAGACCACUGGAGCUACAGCUGGACGCUCCACCUGACGCCAAGGUUGUGGUGGAUGCACCGGAGGAAGACGGACGCGCCCACACGGCGGCCGCCUUCAUGGACGAGUUCUCCACGCCUGUGGUGCCUGUGUCUCAGAUCACUCCUCCGUCUCCACUCAGUCCGCCAGGACCGUCCCCGAUCCCCUCCGUGGUGGCGACGCCUACACUGGCCGAGGGUCCGCCGCCUGGACAGUAUGAACCGUCUCAGCCACCGACGGCUCUGACACCUCCCGAGGAACUGACCGCGCCGCCCCCGCCCCCGCCCGAGCCGGAGGUGGCGCCUCAGCCGGCGAGACCACCGCCGCCUCCUCGGCCAGCCGCGCCCCCUGCCCGGCCCCCUCCGCCUGGUGUGACAGCCGCUGCACCCGCCGCCCCACCGAAACCGACUGUCGAUCCGCUCAACAUCUUCUCAGCGCCUUCAGAACCCUCCAGCAUCUUCGGAGGAGGCAUCGAGCCCCCAGCAGUACCAUCCGCUCCGGUACCUUCCCCGCUCGGUAUCUUCGAUACUCCACCAGCGACCGCGGCAGCAGCUUCGUCAACCACACAAGCUGUUGACCCCUUAGACAUCUUCUCGGCUCCAGCGGCGUCAGAGCCGGCGGCAGUGCGUCGUCCGCCACCUCCUGCGCCACCGAGGCGCCAGCCGCCGCCCUCGCCUAACCCCUUCCUGGAGACAGUGGAAGCCGGCGAUGUAGCGGACGCAGCUGCACCGCAGGAGGAUGCCUUUGACGCGUUUGCAGCGAGGUUUGAGAAGGCAGCGGAUGAUGCGGCAACUGGUGGCGCUGUGGAUCCGUUCGGGGCGGCGACUGGGACGGCCGACAAGUCUGCGUCAGUCUGGGGCGACUCCGCUGCGCCUUCGUCCGCGGGCCCAGGUGGCUUCGAGGACCCGGCGUUCGACUCGUUCCUGUCGAUGACGGCGCCACCUCCGGUGCCGCAGUCGACUCCUGCUCGCGGCGCCAGCAAACAGCACUCGGAGGAUGAGCCGACCGACCUCAACGUAUUCAUCAGACCACAGCAGAGCUGGACGUCACAAGCUCCUGUGCCAGCCCUGGCGCCACCGCCCAAGCCAGCGGUCGCUGCGUUCCAGGACGCCCCUGCCGACACCUUGGGCAGUAACCCGUUCGCAGUGCCGGCAACCGACCUUUCGCUGGACCUACCGCAGGCUAAAGUGGAGCGUCCGGAGCCCGAAUCGGGCAGUCCACCGGAGACCCCGCUGUUCGACGAGGACACCUCACAGCCGCUGGAGCCGUUCCCGAGAACCACCUGGGACAAGGCAGAGUUUGACAUGUAUCUCCGGCAGCCCAAUAAGAAAAAAAUCACCGGGCAGAGGUUCUGGAAGAAGGUGUUUGUUCGUUUGGCGGACAAUGCGGUACUGCAGCUGUUCAACGACAGAAAUGACUCGGAUCCGUUCCAGGAGCUACCGCUGCAGGCGUGCUACUCCGUCUCCGAUGUCGGAGCUCAGCAGUACGAUCAAUACGGGAAGAUUUUCACCGUCAAGCUGCAGUACAUUUUCUACAAGGAGCGGCCGGGAGUACGGCCGGGUCAGAUGACUAAGGCGGAGCGGAUCACCAAGAAGCUCGGCCAGUUCGCCAUCUCAGCCUGGGAGGGCGACUACGACCGCGUCAAGGAGUUCGCCAGCGACGUCCGUAAGCUGGGAAUGCCGGUCGAGCACGCGCCCCAGAUCUCACAGCUGCUGAAACUUGGCACCCAGCACUACGAGGAUGUCAAACGCUUCGCCAGCUUUGUGGAAGAAACUCUGUUCAAGGUGAACGUGCAUCGUGACCGUGCACUCAACUACAAGACCGAGGAGAUCCAGAUAUCGGGAGUGGACGAGGUCUACUUGGAGCAGGAUGUGACGGGAGCGGUCACCAAGCAGCUGGCCAGGGUUCGGCUGUUCUUCCUCGCCUUCCUCUCAGGAAUGCCUGACGUGGAGCUGGGUAUCAAUGACCUGCGGCGUCAGGGCAAGGAGGUGGUCGGCCGACACGACAUCAUCCCCGUGGCCACCGAGGAGUGGAUCCGUCUCGAGGACGUGCAGUUCCACAACAUCAUCGACCUGCAGGCCUUCAAGGAGUCGCAGAUACUCAAGUUCAAACCACCGGAUGGCUGUUACAUUGAACUGAUGCGGUUUAGAGUCCGACCACCAAGGAGCCGCGAGCUGCCUCUUCAGGUCAAAGUCAAAUACACCAUCCUUCAGAACAAGGUUGAUAUUAGCGCGGACAUUCUCGUGCCGGGCUACGUCAGCAGGAAGAUGGGCCAGAUUCCGUGCGAGGAUGUGUGCGUCAGAAUGCCUCUGCCCGAGUGCUGGAUUUAUAUGUUCCGGGUCGAGAAACACUUCCGCUAUGGAUCAGUGAAGGCCUCCCAUCGCCGUCAGGGCAAGGUGAAGGGCAUUGAGCGUAUCCUGGGAGCGGUGGACACUCUGGAGCAGAGCCUGAUGGAGGUGUCGUCAGGCAGCGCCAAAUACGAACACCACCACCGGGCCAUCGCCUGGAGGAUACCGCGGCUGCCCAAGGAGGGACAAGGUGCCUACACGAACCACACGUUCUCGUGCAAGCUGAACCUGACGUCGUUCGACCAGAUCCCGGAGACUUUCGACAGGUUCUGCUUUGUCGAGUACACCAUGCCGCACACCACCGUGUCACACACGGUGUGUCGCUCAGCCUCCAUCAGUGGCGGCAGCGGCGACCCGCCCGAGAAAUACGUCAGGUACCUCGCCAGGUAUGAGUACAAGGUGGAGAUGGAGUUCUGUUACUCCAAAGACGAGCCGGCAGCGUACCUGUCAGCCACUCAGAGCAACGCCUCCAAACCCGCCGCUGAGCCACCGCCUCCUCGGCCGCCCUCCAGCGACUCCGACUCCGACUCCGACUAGUCGGAUCGCUGCUCACCAUCUGACUCAGAGAGAAAGGGUGAGCCUGCUGCUGAGCUUUCUGAAUGACGACACGUAAUCUCGAGUUGAUCUCGGCGAAAAUCAGCGAUUCUGGAAUUCGAUCUGACUGACUGUAUUCGCGUAACCGGGCGCAGUAUGGCGAUGUAACUCGAGUCUUGCGAUCUGCUGCUGCGGCUGGCUGCUUUUGUUUGCCCGCAGCUCAGUGUAUGUAUGUGCGUGUCGUGCGAUCGUUUUCCAUACUGUAACAUUCCAUUAGGCGCGCGGGACCGGGCGGCGGGCCCGGCCCUCGCGCUGUAAAUACGUUUACACCUGUGUAUAGAUUGUGCUCGUACGUGUUGUUGUGUUUUGUGCUUGUCCAGCCCGGCUCUCAACGGGCCAUCGGCAGCUGAUACCAAAGACAUGGCGAGAAGCCACUGGGGACGAAAGGCGCCCGACAGGCGUGCCCCGAAAAUCGGGAUGAAUGUGUUUGUGUGUGAGAGUAUGAGUGAGAGAGUGAGUGAGUGAGCUCAUGCCAGUGAGUUUGUUAGUGAUUAUUGUAUGUGUGGCUGUUUGUGUGGUUUUAUGAUACCAGUUACCUGCAGUGUUAAUAAUUUUUCGUAUAAAUUUCGAUCCUAAAUUGGGCUGAACGUGCACGUGAGAGACGGCUGUAUCACUGGAAAACACCUAUCCUGCUGAGUAUGUAGAUCCCCUGCCCCACAUACCACGCCUACAGUUGUGCAUAGUGCCAGCUGCACUGAAUUUAGCUACAGAUUCAUGUGCUUCUGGCAUUUUACAAAUUUUAUUUCGGGAAUGACGAUCGAGUACCGAUGGUGAAUGAAGAGUGUUUUGGUCAGAACUAGCAUUACGUGAAAAUAUGAUAUCGUUCCUGUAUUCUAGUCAACUUGACUUUCUAGUCAACGUAAGACACCCACAUGGUUGUGAUCAUUGUAUAAGUUCGUUCGUGGCAAAAACUUUUGCCAUGGAUACGAGUAUAUUAAGUGAAAAAUAAAUCAGUCAAGUUAUUCGCUCCCUACAAAAAUGUACAUAGCAUGGAUACGCGUUUCUUAUAUUUUAUUUUUCUCUAGCAUUUGGUGCAAAGUAACUAAUGAUUCGGGCGUGUUUUUUUUAGAUUAUGUUGUCGACGACACAUGGCGGUCGGCCUUAUGAUGUGAUUACUCGUCAUGCUAACAAUAAUUUGAGUUAUUGCAUUAUCAUUUAUCAUUCGUUAUCAUCAUUGUUAUUUUUACCGUUAUUGUUGUUACUUUAUUUUAACUUAUUGAUAUGUUAUGUUUGUUGCAUUUUUAUUAUUUUCAUGUUGUCUUCAAAAUGUUUUUGUUAUUUCAUUAGUAUAUUAUUUUAUUUUAUUUUUUACAUGUGUUUUCACAUACCCUCCCGCACGGAUCUCAAUGUACCCAUAUUUUUAAACAUUAAUUUAAAACUGUGUGUGUGUGAGUGACGUGUUGUUUGUAUUCGUGUUCAUAUCCCGGUAUGUGAGGCGACGCAAGCCGCUGCUCACGGGGGCCGGGUGAGUGCAAUCUAGUCAUUAGGUUAAGACGGUGUGGUGCGAACACAAGCGCACAUCCACCGGGUGGGGGUUCGAGAUUCUGUGAGUGUGCAUUGGCAUGGUCGUGUACAAGAGAAUCGUGAGAUGUGCGUACUGCAUAUAGUCUGUCGGUAAUAACGGGCUAGCGGUUUGUCUACAUGAUGUAUUCGUAAAAUUUUUCUUUAAAGCACUUACUAGGCUUCCAAAGAAUUGUCAUGAGUUGGGGAUUAUAGUGCACAUUGUCUUCCUCCCUAUAAAUCGCAUAAUUUAUCAUUGAUUGCCUUCAGCACAGUUAAGACGGACUCAAAAACUUAGAACCCGGUUUUAUAUGUAAAAAUAAGGCUCAGACGUGGUUGUAAAUGUCAUUGAUUUACUUCAAUCACAUUUCUAUGUUGAUUAACCCAAGCGUACAUCAAAUCUGGUGGUACAAUAUUGUGCGCCAUGUGAUUGUGAUGCAGUUAACGGCAGUAGUUUGUCAAACACCCGGCGUUUGAGCAUGCGUUGACCGCCGGCUCAUCGUAGGCCCGGUGAUUCGAGAUGACCGCACGGAAUAAAAUGUGAUGGCGCUAGCUCCGAGUUUAUGCGUAUUGAUGUGCCCAGCCCGUUGUAAGUGAGCAUACCGAAUUGUGUAAUUGUGGAUUGUGCAUAUUUGGGUGUGAGUGUUAAAACCAGACGAUAGUGAUGUGAAUAUCUACGAGUGUCUGUAAUCUCGUGUAAGGAACAUGUAUGCGUGUUCUCCGCAUCAGCAGCACGGUGUAAUGUUACCACACUAUUUUCCGGUGUAGUCGAGCGGUCGUCGCCGCGGCGCUAGUCGUGAUAGAACAGCAUUAUAGUGCGUGUCCAGUGUGUCGCCUCGUGUUAAUGCCUACCAUGUGUGUAGCCAACGCUGUCGUCCGUUAUAUAUCCCAUGUUUGUUCGGAUCUUCGACUCCGGAGUGCGAGUUAGCGAGUGGUGAAUGAGUGGUAAUACUCGUCAGUCCGCGGUUCCUCCUAGAGGGGCCGGCUUAGACCAAUAAAGUGGCGGCGCGGUGAGCGAGUGAGCGCGAGUUUCGUUCUAUAGUGAUGUGGACUGCUGCGUUCCUUGUCUGUGUCUGUCCGGUCGGUGUCGCGCCGCGCUGCGCGCCGCCCCGACCCUGGCUGGUAUUGCGGAACGUCGCUGCAUAUCCCCGUGAAUAUGACGUGCCAUAUAACCUACCCGGGACGGCCGCCGCCAUCGCCGCGCCUCCGCGGGGGGCUGUAGUCAUUCCGUUCUCGUCAACACAAUACUAAUAAAUGUACAGAUGUG